AUGAACGGCUAUGACACCCCCACCUCCUACUGCUCCCACAUCAAUGGCCAUGGCUCAGCUCCAGAGCCUCCCAAAUCUAAAGCCAAGUCCAGUGCCAAAGCUCUUUACGAACAAAGAAGACACUACACAAAAAACAGCAUCAACAGUCUGACAGACACGUCCCAGUAUCAUGUGGAGCAUCUGACCACAUUUGUUCUGGACCGUAAAGAUGGCAUGAUCACCGUGGACGACGGGAUCAGGCGCCUCCGUCUGCUGGAAGCCAAGGCGAAAGUAUGGACUCAAGAGAUGCUGCUGCAGGUGGAGGAGAAGGCCCUGAGCCUCAUCGACCUGGAGACCAAGAAUGAGUUGGAAAACUUUCCCAUUGGGACGAUACAACACUGCCAGGCUGUGAUCAAUGCCUGCAGUUUUGAUUCCAUCCUGGCGUUGGUCUGUAAAGAGUCCGGGCAGAUCAAAGCUGACCUGCACCUUUUCCAGUGCGAUGACAUCAAGGCAAACCUGAUUCAUGCUGAUAUUGACAGUGCCAUCAGUGAUGCCAAAGGAGGAAAAGCCAAGAAGAGGCCUGAGACGCUAAAAAUGAUCCUGAAAAGUGAUGGGCUCAUCCCUCCUCCCCCUGCGGCCCCCGCCCCAGAGCCCCCCGCUGCGGACCCUCAGCUGGAUGUGAAGAGUCGUGUGGCGGCCUGGUCGGCUUGGACCAGUGAGCAGCAAGAACAGGAGAAGCAGAGAGUGUAUGAACUGGACGGCUCAGUGGAGAUGACAGCCGCCCAUGUGGACCGAGAAGUGCAAAUAUUGAACCACCUUUUGGAUGACAUUGAGUUCUUCGUAACCAAACUGCAAAAGGCUGCGGAGGCUUUCAACGAGCUUUCAAGGAGGAAAAAGUCUAAAAAAGGGAAAAGGAGAAAUCCGGGAGAGGGCAUGCUCACUCUGCGAUCCAAACCUCCCAGCGAAGAGGAGUUUGUGGACUGCUUGCAGAAAUUCAAGUAUGCUUUCAACCAGCUGGGAGCGCUGAAAGACCAGAUCCAAAACCCGAGUGCUGUGGAUCUAGUUCACUUCCUGUUCGUGCCAUUAAAGAUGGUGAUCCAGGCCUCGGGCAGCGUGGACUUGGCCCGAAGUAUCAUUGUCCCUCUCCUCACAAGAGAGGCCAUCGACUUUCUUCACGCUGCCGGAACAGCUGAGGAACGACACAUGUGGGUUGCCCUGGGCGAUGGAUGGACCAAGUGCAGAUUGGAGUGGCCCAAAGAUCACUAUUUCCCCCCUUGUGUUCUGAAGUUUCGUGACGGCUGGGAACCUCCAGCGGUGUCCCUGGUUCCUCCAACUCGUGAAGAAGAGCUGGCGCACUUGGCACAGAGUCUGGCGAAUGCUGAAAUCCAGAUGAAGGAGGAGUUUCGCUUGAAUCAGGAGAACACAGCAGUACAGAGGUUUCCCCCAGCAGACGGGUAUGUCAACACCGCCUACAAACGCAUGCAGGUUUUGGACCCGGACUUGGCUCUGGCCACUUAUAAGCAAGCUGUCAGCCGCUGUGUGGACCGGGCUUAUGAGGCUGACGGCAGAGGUCAAACUAAGCUGAUCGCCAAAUCCAAAUAUGACUUUGUCGCAAGAAAUAACACCGAACUGUCAGUCUUGAAAGAUGAGGUUUUAGAGGUUCUUGACGACCGAAAGCAGUGGUGGAAAGUCCGGAAUGGUUGCGGGGCAUGCGGCUAUGUGCCAAAUAACAUACUGGAGCUCACCAAAGCAGUGGACUUGUCGGGGAAAGGAGAGCCGGUCUACAGCCACACUAUCCAGCUCAUGAUGCCAAAGAAGGAGUUUGAAUUGUUUAAGCAAUUAUUGGGAGAGUUGAAUGAGAAACAGUCGCGCCCGGAGCCCUUGAAACCAGCGGUGACACCAUUGCCCCCGACGCCGACCUCCCCCCCUCCUGCCCCGAUCGGCCUGCCCACCCCCCCUCUGCCUCCUCCCACUCACGAGACCCCCAAACCCAGCACCAAGCCCCCCAGCAGCACCACCGCGAGCCGCCACAACAGCACCACCGCAAGCCGCCACAACAGCACCACGUCCAGCGAAGGCAACGUCACCAUGAGGGAGCACGGCCAGGCACAGGCCAUACCCGCAAACCGGAGGAAAUCCAACAUGGAGGAGGUGCAGGACGAGCUCAUGCACCGGUUGACGUUGGGUCGAAGCGCUCAGAAGAAGUUUCCGGUUCCGUGCCGAGGAAACAGUCAGCAAACUGUGAACAUCACGUACGACUCUUUUCCAGACGAAGUGCGGAGCUGGUUGGAGACCAAAGGCUUCAGUGAUGUGACCAUCUCGAGCCUUGGGGUCCUGACUGGCGCCCAGCUCUUCUCUCUGAACAAGGAGGAGCUGAAGACCGUCUGUCCGGACGAUGGAGCUCGCGUCUAUAGUCAAGUGAUGGUGCAGAAGGCCGCUCUGGAGAGGAGCUCUGGCUCUGAGCUGCAGGAGAUCAUGCGGCGGCGGCAGGAGAAGCUCGCAGCCUCCACCUGUGACUCAGGGGCAGCAGAGGACCGCGCUCACUUUGUGGAGGUGAUGCGGCGGCGCCAGGAGCUCCUCAGCUCCUCUCCGUAA